ACCAAACCAUCAUGAUUCGACAAGUUGGUAAUUCUCUAUUUCGCUUUUUCCUCCAUCUUUAAAAGGACCACAUAGAAGGAAGUGUUCACAGUUGCAGUGGCUGUUUGGAGCUGAGUACUUGGCGAGCGUAAUGGCUUCCAGACCUGGAUUGCUCACAGAGUGGCCAUGGCAGAGGCUUGGCAACUUCAAGUACGUGGUUGUAGCUCCAUGGGUGGCUCAUAGUUUCUACUUACUCGCAACAAAGGAUCUGAAGGAUAUCCACUUGAAUUACAUUUUAAUAUUCCCCUCCCUGCUACUGAGAAUGCUCCACAAUCAGAUAUGGAUCAGCAUUUCUCGCUUGCAAACUGCCCGAAGCCCUCAUCGCAUAGUAGACAAAAGUAUAGACUUUGAGCAAGUUGAUCGUGAGAGAAACUGGGAUGAUCAGAUACUAUUUAAUGGGAUUCUCUUCUAUGUGGGAUAUCAAAUGAUACCUGAUACGGCAUAUAUUUCGGCGUGGAAACUCAAUGGUGUGAUUAUAAACAUUUUAUUACAUGCAGGACCAGUUGAAUUCUUAUACUAUUGGUUUCAUCGAGCACUGCACCAUCAUUUUCUCUACUCGCGUUAUCAUUCUCACCACCAUGCCUCUAUUGUCACUGAACCAAUCACAUCUGUUAUUCAUCCAUUUGCAGAGCACAUUGUUUACUUUCUGUUAUUUGCUAUCCCAUUGCUGGUCACAAUUUUUACUAGAACAGCCUCCAUGGUGCAAUUCAUAGGAUAUAUUUUCUAUAUUGACUUUAUGAACAAUAUGGGGCACUGCAACUUUGAGUUGGUUCCAAAGUGGUUAUUCUCUACCUUUCCACCAUUGAAAUAUCUAAUGUACACUCCCUCGUUUCAUUCUCUCCAUCACACACAAUUUCGGACAAACUACUCCUUAUUCAUGCCAUUUUAUGACUAUUUGUAUAAUACAAUGGAUAAAUCAUCAGAUGAGGUCUAUGAAACCUCAUGGAAGGGAAAGAAAGAGAUAAUAGAUGUUGUUCACCUCACACAUCCAACCACCUUGCAAUCAAUAUAUCAUCUACGAUUAGGAAUUGCAUCUUUGGCUUCUAAACCACACAAAUCCAACUGGUAUGACUUGAUGAUGUGGCCAAUGGCAUGGGUGUCUAUGGUAUUCACAUGGUUCUAUAGUUCUUCCUUCGUUGUUGAGAGAAACAAGUUGAAGAAUAUCAAAAUACAAACAUGGGUCAUACCUAGAUACAAAUUCCAAUAUGGCUUGUCAUGGGAGAAAGAGGCAAUCAAUGAUUUGAUUGAAAAGACUAUUUUAGAGGCUGACACCAAUGGAGUUAAAGUUCUGAGUUUAGGACUCCUCAAUCAGGCAAAAGAAAUAAAUGAAAGUGGUGAGCUUUAUAUUCAAAAGUAUCCAAAGUUGAAAUUAAGAAUUGUGGAUGGAAGUAGCUUGGCAGCUGCUGUCAUUAUCAAUAGCAUUCCUAAAGGUACUCAACAGGUUUUACUAAAAGGUAACAUAUCAAAGGUUGGUCGUACAGUGAUCCAGGGCCUAUGCAAUAAUGGUGUGAAGGUUGUAAUGACUAACAAACAUGACUAUUAUAUGCUGGAGCCAUUCAUGCUAGAUACAAUGGGAGAAAAGCUUCUGCUUUCAAACACUUGUAUGCCUCAGGUUUGGUUGGUUGGAGAUGGUCUGGAUGAUGCAGAGCAAUGGAAAGCGGAAAAAGGAACAACUUUCAUUCCAUUUUCACAUUUUCCUCCCAAAAAAGUUAGAAAGGAUUGUCUCUAUUACAGUACUGCAGCCAUGAAGAUUCCAAAUGAAUUACAAAACAUACACGCAUGUGAGAAUUGGUUGCCAAGAAAGGUAAUGAGUGCAUGGCGCAUUGCUGGAAUAAUUCAUGCUUUAGAGGGAUGGGAUGAACAUGAAUGUGGUGAUACAAUACUUCAAGUGGACAAAAUUUGGAUGGCCGCACUACGACAUGGGUUCCUUCCACUACUUAAUGAGUAAUAGAUUUCAUGGAUUGAGAAUGUGUUAUAAGAUACAUGUAGUAAUCAUUAGUAUUCAAGUUUUUAAGGAGUAAUGAGAAAUAUAUGUCAUCAAAAUGGAAAGGAAGAUAAUCACUUGAAUUUAUGAUAAGAAAUUACUUGAUUAGGAAUGUGUAUUAAAUGAUGCAUGUAUAGGAUGCCUCAUUGCAUCCUGAAGUUUUAUCUUAGAUCCAUGUUAGUGAGAAGCUCAUGUAGCGAUUAAAUUCUUAUUAUUAACAUAUUAGUUGAUAUUGAGGAAAACAUUUCAUUCUAUGAACUGGUAGAACAUUAAGAGCAUCUACAAGAAGGAAAGUCAUAAAACUUCGCUAUGUUUCUUGUGGAAUUAACUGUUAUUCUUCAUGUAUCAAGGAAAUAAGAGCAAUGGUUUAACAUUGGAAUAAAA